AUGCGCACUCCUUGGCCCUUCCAUACUUGGGGGCUUGAUUUGAUCGGGACUAUCCAUCCACCAUCCGACAGCUACAUAUGGAUCCUCACGGCCACCGAAUAUUUCACAAAGUGGGUAGAAGUGGUUCCCUUGCGGAAAGCCACGGGAGCUGCCGUUGCCAAUUUCAUCCGUGAAAAUAUUGUAUGUAGAUUUGGGAUCCCAUACAAGAUUGUCACCGACAAUGGCACCCCGUUUGUCAAUAAGCAAGUAAGCUCGACACUUAGUGGUUAUGGUAUCAAGCAUCGUCGCUCCACGCCUUAUUAUCCACAAGGAAAUGGUCAAGCGGAAGCCACAAACAAGACUUUAUUGAGGAUCCUAAGCAAAAUGGUUUAUGAGUAUGAAGGAGGUUUCUCGCCAUAUUCACUUGUGUACGGGUCCGAUGCCAUUUCACCAGUAGAGAUCACCAUCCCCACUGCCAGAACAGCAGCUGUUAACGACCUCGAAUGGGAUACAAAGUCAUGCUCGGAAUGGCGCCUGUUGGACCUUGAAGCGUUGGAUGAAAAAAGAGCAGUAGCCGAAAAGAGGACAGCGUUGUACCACAGAACUGUAGCUCAAGCUUAUAACAGGACAGUCAAGCCUCGCACCUUCAAGCAAGGAGACCUCGUGCUAAAAGUUGCGGAGCAUGUGAGAAGACAGGUGUCGAGACCUUCCAAGUUUGCACCACAAUGGGAAGGCCCGUUUGCAGUCAAAGAAGUUCACAGCAGCGGCUAUUAUCGCUUGGUCUCUGUCAAGGAAGGCACGCUGACCGACCCCGUCAAUGGGAAGUGGCUCAAGCUCUAUUACUGCUAA